AUGUUGAGCUUGAAACUUUUUCGUCAUACCAAAUGUUUGAUGUUUACUGCUCAAAGGCAAAUGUCUUUCCGCGCAUUGCCUAAGUGUAUUAACCAAUUUAAUGUCGCCAGUAAUUUGAGCAAUAAAACAAUGACGAAGCCGUUGGUAAGUGCUCCAAUAAUUGCCCGUUUCACUGGUAGUGCUGCAGUAGUUAAGGACAAAACAAAUUAUGCUAGUACUUGGAAAACUGAACGUAUCGUUUCAAUAACACUUAUGGGAUUGUUUCCUGCUGCAGUUAUUUAUCCAUCACCAUACGUAGAUACUUUACUAGCUAUAAGUACUACUCUCCAUGUUUAUUGGGGUAUGGAAGCAUUAGUAGUUGACUAUUUACGUGUACCAGUUGUUGGAAAUCUGGCAAACAAGGCUGGACAUGUUGCUGUUGCUCUUCUUGCACUCAUCACUUUAGCUGGAUUUUUGCAAGUUACUUAUUUAGGUAAUGGACUUGGAAAUGCCCUUAUUUCGCUUUGGAAAUUAUAAUAUUUUUAGUAUUAUUUUAAUUGUAUUUUUUGUAGUAAAAAAUGUAAAUAUUGUAUUUAAUAAAAUUAUAACUUUUUCUGUUUUUUUCUUUUUGUUGUAUGAAAAUAGAUACAUUGUUUACUGCAUAAAAUAUAAAAAAGAUGUCAAAAAUUAAAA